AUGGGUGCAUUGGAAGAUAGGAGAUGGCUCGUGCUUACUUUUGUCUGUCUGGUUCUUUCUGUUGACCUUCCGAUGAUAUUAUUUCAUACCUACGUAAAGUUAAAAUUUGAAAAGCGGGUGUCAGCCGACGACUUGGUCAUUGCACUUGCAGAUCUACUCUGGAUUGGCUACAUCAUAUGCCAAGUCGCCGCGUGCAUGAACGGAUUUGGCGCACACGCGGCAGAUCUGAGCAAGGAAUUCCACUACAUCAACUCAUCAUCAGCUCGCAAUGGCGACCUCGCUGAAGCCCUCCGCUUCUGGUACCUAACCACCCUCUUCCACGUUCUCUCGAGCGCGGCAGCCCGCAUCUGCAUCGGCCUGGCCUCCAUGUCUCGUAAAGCCUUCCCCUCGCGCCGGCGCCUCGUAACAAUCAACCUCAUCAUUUCCACUUCCACCAGCAUCCUCUUCUUCUUCCUCUUGCUCUUCCAAUGCACGCCCAUCUCCGCCUACUGGUCGCGCGACCGCGCAGCUGCGCAUGCGUCCUGCUACACAGCGCAGUUGGCGGUGCCGUGGUACGUGUUCCUCGGCGUGAGCAUGGCGGCGGAUGGAGUGUUGAUGAGCUUUGCCGUGGCAUCGGCGAUGGGUAUGAGGCCGGGGCAAAGCGGAAAGUUGGCGGAGAGGGUUGCGGCGGGGUUCUUCAAUUUAUUUGCGUUCGGACACGUCGUCGCCACGGCCAUCCAAAUCACCUACGUCCCCGGCUUGACCAACCUCGACGACGUCACCUGGACAGCCACCCCCUUCGCCCUCCCCUUCCUCCUCGGCCCCUCCUUCGCCCUCCUCGGCGCACACGCCAGCAAAGUCGCGCCCGUCGUCCACGCGCACCGGGCCAGCCUCUCCGUCUCCAGCACCACCACCACCACCACCACCACCACCACAGGCACGACUGGUAGCAUCAACAACAACCGCGACUCCCUCGUCCGCGAGCUCCUACGGGAGCGGAAGGAAGAAGAGAGGAGCAGGAUGAAAGGGAAGAAGAACAGGAGCAGGAACGACGGUGUUGGAGGAGUAGUAGGCGGGGGGAGGCUGGUUGUGCUGAGUGGGCGGGAGGGUGAUAGGGAUGAGGAUGCGGCGUUGGCGGCGGUGGUGGAGAGCGGGUUGGCGAGGCUGAUGGAAGAGGAGGAGGAGAGGAGGAGGAGAGAAGGUGGUGGAGGAGGAGGAGGAGGAGGAGGGGGCGCUGGGAUGGGGGCGGAUGGCUGCGCUUGA